AUGAUUCCAAAGUCUCUCGAGGCAUUGAGGUAUCUCCGACACUUCAAUGUCUCUGUGAAUGAAUUGGAAGGGGAAAUUUCAUCAGGUGGAUGUUUUUCAAAUUUCAGUGCUGAAUCUUUUAGGCAAAAUCAUGAGCUAUGUGGAGUAGCUCGGCUGCAUGUUCUUCCCUGCCGGACAAAACAUUCCAAGUCAAAAAGAAAGGGAAGUUACUGUUCAGUUUAUCGAGGGGAACUUAACGAUGGAACAGAUGUAGCUGUAAAAGUUUUUAACACACUGACAGAAGAAGCAACCAAGAGUUUCUAUGCUGAAUGUAAGAUAUUGAGCAACAUCCGUCACCGGAACCUUACAAAAAUCCUCAGUUGUUGUAGUACCACAGACUUCAAAGCUCUUGUAUUAGAUUACAUGCCAAAUGGUAAUCUUGAGAGGUGGUUAUAUUCCCAAGAUUGUUGUUUAAGUAUGCUUCAGAGAUUGAACAUAGCAAUAGAUAUUGCUUCAGCUUUAGAAUAUCUUCAUUGUGGUCUAACAACUCCUAUUGUACACUGUGACAUGAAGCCUAACAAUAUCUUAUUAGAUGAAGAUAUGACUGCACAUCUUUGCGAUUUCGGGAUCGCAAAAAUUUUUGAGCAAGACAUGCAUAUGGCUCAAACCAAGACACUAGCCACCAUUGGUUAUAUGGCACCAGGAAAAAAACCAACUGAUGAUAUGUUCGGGGAAACAAUGAACUUGAAAUGUUUCGUGGGCGAAAGCUUACGUAGAAAAUCUUUAAUGGAAGUUCUGGAUUCUGAUUUGAUUAGAGAUGUUGAACAGUUCUCUGAAGUAGUACAACAGUUUGUGUCAUCUAUCUUUUGUUUGGGAUUGGAAUGUCUGAAAGAUUGUCCUGAAGACAGAAUGAGCAUUAGUAAUAUUGUGGAUAGCCUUAGAAAAGCUAAAAUUGAAUAUUUAGCAAUUAGAGGAAAGGCAGAAAAGGUGGUGUAA